ACAUUUUUCAGUCAGCUGUCUGCUGCGCCACCGAGAUCUAAUCCUGCAAAAUGGCAGGAGCUUUAGUGCGUUGUUUUCGGAUUCCGAGGGGACAAUUAGGUCUCCUCGGAUCAAGUUUGACCAGUCAGCAACAGAGAACGCUCGCCGAUGCUGCUCCAGAGGGAAAGAAAAAAGGGUCACCCCUGGCCGAUCAGGAUCGCAUCUUUACGAAUCUGUAUGGCAGGCAUGACUGGCGGUUGAAGGGUGCCAUGAGCCGUGGCGACUGGUACAAAACUAAGGAGAUAUUGGAUAAAGGUGCCGAUUGGAUUAUCAAUGAGAUCAAGGUUUCAGGCCUGAGAGGCCGCGGUGGAGCUGGCUUCCCUUCAGGAAUGAAAUGGUCCUUCAUGAACAAGCCGUCUGAUGGUAGACCCAAGUAUUUAGUGGUCAACGCCGACGAGGGUGAACCGGGAACAUGCAAGGAUCGCGAGAUUCUGCGCCACGAUCCGCACAAGCUCGUGGAAGGCUGUCUGAUUGCUGGCCGCGCUAUGGGAGCCUGUGCUGCUUACAUCUACAUACGUGGCGAGUUUUACAACGAGGCAUCCAACAUGCAAGUUGCGAUAGCCGAAGCUUAUCAGGCUGGUCUGAUUGGAAAGAAUUCUUGUGGUUCUGGCUACGAUUUUGACAUUUUUGUGCAACGUGGCGCUGGUGCAUAUAUCUGCGGCGAGGAGACGGCUCUUAUCGAAUCCAUCGAAGGAAAACAAGGCAAACCGAGGCUAAAGCCACCAUUUCCGGCUGAUGUCGGUGUGUUUGGUUGUCCCACGACUGUCACCAACGUCGAGACUGUAGCGGUGGCACCUACAAUUUGCCGUCGAGGUGGAACAUGGUUUGCCUCAUUUGGACGUCCACGGAAUCAUGGAACUAAGCUCUUCAAUAUUUCCGGACAUGUGAACAAUCCGUGUACAGUGGAAGAAGAAAUGUCUAUACCUUUGAAGGAACUGAUCGAGAGGCAUGCGGGCGGUGUGAUUGGAGGAUGGGACAAUUUAUUGGGCGUUAUUCCUGGAGGCUCUUCCACUCCUGUCAUUCCCAAGAGUGCUUGCGACACUGUGUUGCUGGACUUUGACGAUCUCAUCAGAGUGCAGAGCUCGUUCGGCACAGCCGCGGUAAUCGUGAUGAACAAGCAAACGGACAUAAUCAAAGCUAUCACCCGCUUAAUAAGCUUCUACAAGCAUGAAUCCUGUGGUCAGUGCACACCUUGCCGCGAGGGUAUCAGUUGGAUGUAUAAAAUACUGAAAAGAUUCGUGGACGGUAACGCCGAAGUGCACGAAAUAGACAUGCUGUGGGAGCUCACAAAACAAAUAGAAUUGCACACGAUCUGCGCUCUAGCGGACGGUGCCGCGUGGCCUGUGCAAGGAUUAAUCAGGCAUUUCAGGCCCGAGAUCGAAGCGCGUAUGAAAGAACAGAAGCGAGCUACAUCCAGCUGAAGAGUCGAGCAAGAUAGGACCUGAAACUGGAGACUAGAUAAAAUAUAAUAGAAAGAGAUAACUAGAACAAUCUCUAUUAAGAUUUUAUAUUUAUUUUCUGUGUAUAUAAGUGGAAUUUACACACGAUAGUCAUGAUUUCCAUGUAACGUUGUCUGUCGAACUCGGGCUGUUGUCCGCCCCGGUGGUUCGAUUAAUAAAAGAAAUAUAACGGAAAAAA